GCUGCAAUGUCGCUUCUGGAUCCGGCGUCUCCUGACGUCACCAAGUGUCUCCUAAGCCUGCCCACUCUCCUGCUGAAGCUGCUUGUCGCGGUUCUACGAUCGCCUGUCCUCUCCACCGUGCUGUUUGAUCGUGCGCAGGCCACCUUGGAGGAGCGCUUCUGUCUACUGGCGAAGUUCCUGUUUCUGCUGAACCUUUCAGGUUAG